UUGAAAUUCCAGUGCUAACCAAGUUUAGCCAGCUUGCUAACAUGUAAUUUAGCGUAUGUUAAGAAGUGCAUAUACAGAGCUGUUCAGGAUUUAAAUGCAUACAUAAUAUUUAAUGUCCAAUAGAGGAAUAUUGGAAAAAUCGCCUUGAUGUUUGCUACUGCGCGUGUCUCCGUUACUGCAACCAGGACAUGUCCAGUUAGCCAGAGCGCAGCAAUCGGUGGUUAACGAACCUGGCAAGCUAACCAGCCAACCCGUUUGGACGGGGUCUGUGUUGAGGGAUUUGAACAGGUUUCACCGCCGAGAGGACAGUAAAGCCGGAUGCUGUGACUACCAUGAGUCCCGCAGGCUGCCCCCAUGUCAACAGCUUCAAAGUGGACAACUGGAAGCAGAACCUGAGGGUCAUCUAUCAGUGUUUCGUGUGGAGUGGCUCAGCCGAGACCAGAAAACGCAAGGCCAAGUCAUGUAUCUGCCACAUGUGCGGCGCCCACCUCAACAGACUCCACUCCUGCCUCUACUGCGUCUUCUUCGCCUGCUUUGCCAAAAAACACAUCCACGAGCAUGCCAAGAGCAAAAGGCAUAACCUAGCUAUUGACCUGCUGUACGGAGGAAUUUACUGUUUUAUGUGCCAAGACUACAUUUAUGACAAAGACAUGGAACAGAUUGCCAAAGAGGAACAGAGGAAAGCCUGGAAAAUGCAAGGCAUAGGGGAGAAAUACUCAACAUGGGAGCCCACCAAGAGGGAGCUGGAGUUGCUCCGCCACAACCCCAAGAGGAGGAGAAUCACCUCCAACUGUACUAUUGGCCUGCGAGGUCUGAUAAACCUGGGCAACACAUGCUUCAUGAACUGCAUCGUCCAGGCGCUGACGCACACCCCGCUGCUGCGCGACUUCUUCCUGUCCGACCGACACAAAUGCGAGAUGCAGAGCAACUCCUGUUUAGUGUGUGAGAUGUCCCAACUCUUCCAGGAGUUCUACUCAGGCCAUCGGUCGCCACACAUCCCCUUCCGUCUUCUCCAUCUGGUGUGGACUCACGCCCGUCACCUGGCCGGCUACGAGCAGCAGGACGCCCACGAGUUCCUCAUCGCAGCUCUGGACGUGCUGCACAGACACUGCAAAGACGACAACGGGAAGAAAGCCAACAACCCCAACCACUGUAACUGCAUCAUCGACCAAAUCUUCACAGGGGGCCUGCAGUCUGACGUCACCUGUCAAGUCUGCCACGGUGUUUCUACGACCAUAGACCCGUUCUGGGAUAUCAGCCUGGACCUGCCCGGCUCCUCCACCCCAUUCUGGCCCCUCAGCCCCGGAGGAGACGGAUCAGCACUCAACGGAGAGAGUCACACCACUGGAGCCACGACACUCACCGACUGUCUGCGCAGGUUCACCAGGCCAGAGCACCUCGGCAGCAGCGCCAAGAUCAAGUGCAGCGGUUGCCAUAGUUACCAGGAGUCCACCAAGCAGCUGACCAUGAAGAAGCUGCCCAUCGUGGCCUGCUUUCACCUCAAAAGGUUCGAACAUUCAGCCAAACUGCGGCGGAAGAUCACAACUUAUGUGUCCUUCCCGUUGGAGCUGGACAUGACCCCCUUCAUGGCCUCCAGUAAAGAGAGCAGGAUGAACGGGCAGUACCAGCAGACCGUGGACCCCUUCAACAAUGACAAUAAGUAUAGUCUAUUUGCAGUGGUGAACCACCAGGGGACGCUAGAGAGCGGCCAUUACACCACCUUUAUCCGCCAGCACAAGGACCAGUGGUUCAAAUGCGACGAUGCCAUCAUCACCAAGGCCAGCAUCAAGGACGUCCUGGAUAGUGAAGGGUACCUUUUGUUUUACCACAAACAGUUCCUGGAGUACGAGUAGUUCCCUCCAUCAGCACCGCCUGCAGGAGGAGACCAGGGAUGAUGCAAGGAUUACAGUAGUUGCAUGGGAAAAGGUAACAGAGUGAUGAGAGAGGCCUGGAAACAGAAACACAAGCCUACCUGAAUCACUCUUAAGUCGCCACUCUCACUCUAACAUGGAACAACCCUCACUACAUACUAAUCGAGCUCCACUGUAAUGACAUUCAAGGAAGAACUGUGCAGCAUAGUGCAGUGCAAGAUUCAAAGAAAAUGCAAGGAAUCUGGAGGGGAGAAUUGUACGCGCUCUAGCUGAAUAUCGCAGGCUUGCAAACGUUUUUCACUUGAAUUUAAAGAAAAGUAGAAGGAAGCAGCUGUGAUAUUCUUCUAUGAGACAGAAAGUACUGCAGAAUCGGUCUGUACUCCCUACUUUUUUCUUUUCAGAAGGGCAGGAGGUUCUUUUGUACCUUCGUUUUCCCCGGGGAAGGUUUACUUGAUCACAAAUGCUGUUCUUCACCAAAGUCCUGUUUCAUGCUCGCGCAGCUGCAUUUCGUGCCACCUGAAUGCACUAAGAAGUGGACUCGCAGCCUUCCACAGGGCUUCGGGGCUCCGCUUUAGCGAAGAAAGUGUUUUUAUUUUUUUAUUUUUUUUCCUUUCGCUAAACUGGCAACUUUCUGGACACAAGCACACCUGUCUGACACAACCACACUCCUCCAAAUGACCAAAUAUUUCAUGGAUGGAAGUUGUCUUAUUAUGCAU